AUGUAUCGUGUUUUUGAAGCAUUGGUUCGUAAUUCACGAGCUGUGGAUCGAGUUCCACUUUGCUAUCGAUGGUUGGUGAGGCACCGUUGUUCUUCCAAAAUCCAAGAUGACUCAAAAGCUGCAAGUUCGGAAAACGAACCAAAGAGGUUUAACCCUCUAGAAAUUCAGAUGCUGUCUACAGAAUUACACAGUCAAGUAUUUUACGGUAAAUCAGAGGCUUACGAUUCCGAAACGGUCAAAACAUGCCAACAACAUCUAGGGGUGCACAAUUUGUGGAGCAAGACCGGAUCAGUUCUGCCUGAUGUCGAUUUCCAGCUUCCACCUUUACAAGGUUCAAAUAUUGAUGAGCACUUUAGAACGAUCGCAGAAGAGCAGAGCAGACCAUAUUUUGAGAAAGCUCAAAUGUUAGCGGAAACGACGCUGUCAGCCAUACCAGAUGAAUGGAACUUUUCUCCGGGAUGGACUAAGUAUGUGUAUGGUGACGAGGGAUUGGUCACCUCCCCAGUGGAUGUGCCGGAAGAUGAUGCCUUGAUCUUUGAUGUCGAGGUGUGCAUGAAAGAAGGACCAUUUCCAGUGAUUGCAGUGGCUGUAUCUCCCAAGGCGUGGUAAUGAUAAGUGAUAAUUUAUGUCCCAGGAUUUAUACUUUCAAAUGUACCCCCUUCUCUAAUGACCAACUUCUACCUGUUACUGUUUUUAAGGACAAAUGUUCAUCAGCACUGCACAGAACUUGUUUUAGUUUAUGAAAUUUGUACCAACUUUACACCCUAACAUCAGUAUGCUUAUUCUCUAUACAGUUCUUUAUACAUUUCCUAGAGUAUGGACAAGGAGAAUUUGUUGAACAAUCAAGAGCUUCUUUUCAGUUGGUGAUCAUUUCCUUUAUUCCCAUUAUCUUAAUGUAUGAUCCAGGGGUGACAUUUAAGGAGAAAUUAGAUGUAAAUCAAUCUUAGGGGAUCAAAGGGUUAGAAUGUUUCAUUUGCUCACUUUGUAAAAUAACACACAGCUUGUUUUGUUGUUUACACACAAAUACCAUAUCACAAGUUAAUAUGACCAUAUUAUUGUUAGGAGCAUUUGUCCUUAAUUCAGCAACCCCCUCCCUCCCAUAAUUACAGGUGUAAGUGCCCUAUCUUAUCCUAUAUUUGAAAUGAAUGCCUUGACCAGUGACUACAUUGUAGAGAAUUUAUCAUGCACAAAUUCACAAUGUGUACUGUAUGAUUAUUGAAUUUCCUCUUUUUAUGGUAUUUUUCUUGAUCAGAUGUAAAUUUGUUUAAUUAUAUUGUACUUGAAAUUCAUUUUGGACAAUAAAUAACCCUUUAGCAAUAGGUUUCUUUAAAAUUUUAGUGCUUGAUGCUUGCUUGUUAAAGUAACAGUACUGUGUUUGCUGCUACUUAGGUACUGCUGGGUCAGUCCAAGCCUUGUGGAAGACAAGAAUUACAACAUGUUUCUGAGACCAUCUCCUAAACUGUAUAUUCCAUUGGAACUGCCCAAAGAUCAGGAGUGGAGUUCAACCAAGUGGAAAGAGAGGCUUGUUGUGGGUCAUUCUGUGGGAUUCGACAGAUCUUUUGUAAAAGAACAAUAUUAUAUUAAGGUACGAUUGGUUGGUAAUUGUUACUGACAGUAGUUAAACUUUGUAAACUGAUUGAUUUAUCAGCCCUUUUAAAUCAAGAAUGCCUUAUCUAAUUUCUCAGCUUACAGUAAUAUACUGCUGAAUCAUUCAUUAAGAUCAUUAGAAAAAAGAAAAUGAUCACCAGCCAAACUAAGAAGCUUUGAUAGUGAAACAAAUUCUCCUUGUCAGUACCAGAGGAAAAAUACAGAGAAGAGUUUGGAGAAUAUGGAUACUGAACAGAUGUUAACCCAUUAACUCCCAUGAGUGACCAAGAUGGAAUUUCUCUUCACCAAAUCAAUUAAACAAUAUCAAACAGACAAGUGACGAGAAUAGAGAAAAAUAUCAGUUAGGGGAUUAUUAGUUGAUUCAAUACCAAAUUCUCAGAACUAACAUCAUAAGAAUUGUAUAGCAGACAGUAAGGAGAAUCACUAAUGAGAUCUUGGGAGUGAAAGGGUUAAAGUGUAAACAUUUAAAGUUUUUUGACUUGUAUAAUCUUACUCUUUUUAAAGGAAAUAAAGUAAAAGGUAAAUUCUGCACUUGAGCAAUAUGAACCACCAGGUGCUGGUGCAUGCCUAUGCAGGUUUUUGUAGCAUUAAAUGAUUGUGGCAAGUCCUGGUUAAGAUGCUUGUUGAUAACAGUCCAUUCAAUAACAUUUUGGGCAGUAACCAAUGCCACUCCUGAAUUUGACUUGGUGUCUAGCCCAAGAACACAACAUCACUUCUAAAUGCAAUACUUCUUUAAUGGUAAGGCAUAUUAGGGGAUGAUAUCUUUUGGAGUUAAUGCAUUAUGUUACUACUCUAAUACCCUUUGUAGAUAUGUAAGUAUUGAAUGAUAUCUCAUGUUAUUCAUAACUGAUAUUCUUAACUGUAACACUUAAGGGACCUAAAACAUACUUCUUGGACACCUUAAGUUUACACAUGUGUAUCUCUGGCUUGACAAGUCUCCAACGCAGCCUUUGGGAAUCAGCUAAGGCAGGACGCAUUGGAAAAGUGCCUUGGAUGCUGAUUGGCUCAGGAAACAAACUUAUAGACCUUCAUAACCUGUAUUGUGGUGGUGAUGAAUUAGACAAGUCAUUGGUGAAAAUCUUUAUUGAUGGGACACUAGAUGAUGUGAGGGCAAACUUUCAGGUAUGACAAGGGUUUAGGAAAGGAAGGUCCAAGAUGCAUGCAAUACCCUACUGUUACAGAACAUUGUUAUUUAUCUAUUUAUUAACAGUGACAUUAUUGAAAUGCUGUAUGCAUGUACAGCUGUAAAUUCUGCAGUAUGGGACUUUGUUUUAAAAAAUCCUGUUUGAAGUGUUUUUGAACAUCCCAAAAGGCAGGAUGGGAUUUAAUUUACAAAUAUUGUUAUAAAAAUGUUGAAAACAUACCAACAUAUGUUUCCUUGUAAAUCAACUUUUUCAUAAUCUAGAGAAAUGAACCUCUGCAAUCUGUCGGACAACCAACUAGUGGAACUUAUAUGAUGACCCUUUUCUCUAACAAAACAAAGAUCAUAAUCACAAGUUUCUGGUUCCUUAAUCAGGUGUUUCUGAUCUCUUAGUGUAAUGCAACAAAAAGUAUUUCAAACCUGGGAUGUUUUUUUUCUGUACAGUGAUGAUUGUAGAUAGAGGGCAAGUAGAUUAAAGGGUUUUUUGGACAUUGUUGAUGGAGUGGAUGAGGCAGCCAUUGCUUUGUCAUGAAACUUGCCAUAAAUUGUUGAGCACUAUAUUAAUUAAAAAAUUGGCACGCCAUUUGAAAUCAAAGAAAUCUGGACAGGUUUUGAAAGAAAUUUGAAAAGUUUUGCCAUCUCCCUAAUAAAAACAGGUCUUGGAGUUUGAAAAUCUGCAAGCAGUGCUUGUCACACGAUUAAUGUUUAUUAAACUACAGCUUGUACCUUAAAUCCCUUUGGUGUUUGUUGUGAACACUUUUGCAUUUCUAAAGCUGUUUCCAACUGUGCACCAGAUUUCUAGAUCAUUCUAUAGAUGACAAGCUUGGAAUAUGAAUACUGCAUACCUCAAAUGCUAAUCCAAAUCUCUUCACCCAACAUGCAAUCACUUUUCAAUUCAAUUUCUUGACAGGAUCUAGUAACAUACUGUGCACAGGAUACUACAGCAACUCAAGAGGUAUUUGCUGCUCUGUGGCCAAAGUUCUUGGAUAGAUUCCCACACCCAGUAUCUUUUGCUGGGAUGCUAGAGAUGGGAUCAGCUUAUCUUCCUGUUGAUCGUUCUUGGGAAAACUACAUCCGAGAUGCUGAUGACACUUAUGAAGAUCUGGAGAAGGAAAUGAAGUGUUCUUUGAUGAAACUAGCUGAUGAAACAUGUAACUACCUUCAUGGCAAAAGGUUUGCAAGAUUCUUAACCUUUAUUUAUUUUUUUAAAAAAUUAUGUUGAAAUUUUAAUUUUUUCUACCCUCAAAAACUUUUCAAAACUUAUCUGAAGGUUUUCUGGAAAGGCUUAAAAAAAUGUUGAAACUGACUCAGCCAUCAAAGCUUCAACAGAUGGAUGACUAAGAACCAAGCUUGUGGCCUGUGUGAGCUUUAGCACUCAGUUUCUCCUUACAAUAUCAAUACAAUAUCAAGCAGACAAGUGAGAAGAAUUAAGAAAAGUCUCAAUGAGGGGAUUGUUGUUUAAUCCAAUGCCAAAUGUUUUGCACUAACAUCAUAAGAAUUGUAUGACUACCAGUAAGGAUAACUGCAAACAAGAUCUUUGGAGCAACAGGGUUAAAUAAAUUAUUCUUGUAAGGGCUGUGUAAACGGAGAACAGGGUGUGGAGAAUAAGCACAUUAAAUGAUAACUCAUUUGUGUUUUUAAGGUAUGAACAGGACCCCUGGCUGUGGGAGCUGGAUUGGUCUGUCCAAGACAUAAGAACAAAAAAACCCAAACCUCCAAAGAAGACAAAGAAAACUGAAAGUUGUGACAAGGGUAUAAGUGAAGAUUUGCCAUCAACCCUUUUGGUUCAACUAGCAAAGAUGCCACUUCAGAGGUUCUUGAAGAUGAGAUGAUUGAUGACAAUAAUAUCGAGGUGGUAGAGGGUUUGAAAAACUCGUCUGACAUCUUGGCAAGAAUCCCACCAGCAGCAGAUGUUAUGUGGAAAAGACGACAGAAGUUACCAGGUUAUCCUAAGUGAGUGGGGCUUUUAACACUUGGUUUAGGAGUACUAUCUCUGACCUUAUAAACCUCAUGAAACUUGAUUCUGUGGGAGUAGUAAUUCUUUUUUGGCAAAAUUUUGUCAUGGCAGAUAAAAAAAGUCAUUUUAUUCCCCUUAUUUUUUUUACUUACCCCUUGGACUUUGCUGAAAAGGAAGGACUUUCUGUAAUCUAGUGAUCAGAACUCUGCUUUGAACUCCAUUCACUUAAGUCUUUGACUGAAGGUUUUGCCUUUUUCUUUUUUCAAGCGGUAAUGAUGACAAUAAUGAUGAUGAUGAUGAUGAUAACAAAAUUAAUGCUAAUGCUAAAAAUGCUAAAAAUGACAAUGAUUAUGUUUGAAAACUUUGUUUUUUUUUUAAGACUAUAAUCUACACACUUUGAGUAAUGCAACUCUCAUUCUUGAUGGGCAGGAGGCCUUGAUGUUGGGAAAAACCUGCUCAAACUUAUACCAAACACAUAUAUGCUAUUUUUAUUAUAUUAGCCAUGCAGACUUGUGGAGAAUUAAAGAAGAACUAAUUUCCAGUCAAUUGCAUACAUACUCUCGGCAUAUUUGCAGACAGAGGGAAAAUGUCACAGCAGAGAGUAACUCUUAGCAAAAAGGCUUGGUUGCAAAUUAGUAAUGUUGUGGCACUCUGUCUCCAGUUGGUACAGAUCUCUUUGCAUGGGACCAUCAGACAAAGGUGAGUGGAGGGAGGGGCCUGUGUCCAUCAGCCCACAAUGUCAAGUAGCACCCACCCUCUUGCGUAUGACAUGGGAUGGCUUUCCUCUGCUCUACAAUCGCAAACAUGGCUGGGGAUAUCUUGUACCUGGAAGGACUGACAAUCUGACCUCCAGCCCUAUGACAUUGCCAAGCAACGAGGAGGACUCAGUGGAUACACAGAAACCAGAAUUAGUAUUCCCAACUAGGUGGGUGUAGUAAAUAGGGAAAUAGGAAAUUAAUGCCCAGUGAGAGGGUUGUCCAAUACACCCAAACCGCUGCGAAUUGUCAAACCGGAAGUCGAUUCGCGGUUAAGUGGUGUUGUGAUACCGGAGAUCUGAAAAACCAUCUGUUAUGACAAGGAAACGCAUACUGGAAGUCAAUUUGCAAGAGACUCAGUUAUAGUUUAUAAUAUUCUGACGAUAGACUUCCGGUCGUUUCAUGCUUUAAGAACGUGGAAGGUUCAUGUUGUCCUGUUCUCGUACCAUGCCACUCAUUUUCACUCAUUGCUCACGUGCACGCCCCUCGACCUCCGGUAUGUUAACGCGCGAUUCGACUUCCGGCAUACCAUGGUAAUUUCACAUAUUGCUUACGCCGGUGUGACGAUUCCUCAACGACCGUAGACGAAUCGCAACGGUUUGGGUGUAUUGGACAUGUAUGAACGAUAAUACUUUACAGAGCAAAUCUCAGUAUGUGUGACAUAAAAUAAAGUACGCCUCUUGAAGAAUAUACUUUUACGGGUUAUUUCUUGGAGACAAGGUAAAAAUUAGUGAAAAAGUAGCUUUUUCAGGCAGCAACAUCAAACAAAGCAUUUUAGGUUUUACUCACAGACAAAAUUUUUAUAUCCAGUAUUUCCUAUCAGAAGGUAAUAAAACUGUUUCAUUUCAGAUUCUAUUGUAAUAACCUUCUUUAAUGUACCUUUUAGGGCAUUUGACAAUCUCUGGCAGAAACACAGCAUGAAUGCAACUCCCAAAGAAGCCAAUGAGUCAGAUUCAAAGUUUGAUGAUGAUGAACUGAAUGUGUACAGUAUCAGUGAAGAUCAGCUCUGGGAUAGAUCAGAACUGGAAGAAAUGAGAGCACCAAAAACUUUGACAACCAAGAAAUCAGCUUCUAAUACAGGGGACCUCGAUGAGAUCAUAGACGGUGGUUUAGAGACAGCCCCAGCAAAAAAGGUACCUCGAGCUAGGAGCACAACAGCAUCAGCAGGAGCAGAUAGCAGACCUGAUUUCUAUCAUGGCGUGGGACCUUACAAUGAUGUCAAUCUCCCAGGAGUAUGGUUUUUCCGUAUACCACACAAGGUACUGGUUGUCACUGGCCUCUCAUACUUAAGCUUGCAGAACAGGCAUAUUAAGAGCCUCUUCUUCUUCUCUCUUCUUGUACUCCCUAUACUCGUCCCCCUCUCCCCUCUCCUUCCCCCCCCAGGCAUGACGUGAACAUUUUUUUUGAAGUCUUCUGGGUCAGUGCUGGUCUUGUCGUCUUGUCAUCGGAACAUUUAUAUACGUUUUCGUGGCUAAGUUUCUCAGUUGAUUUGAGUCUCAUGUACCUACUGUUGUGACCAAUAACUUCAGGAACGUUCCCAGUUUCUGAUCAGUAACAGACCUGUAGGAUGAAGUGUUUUCCCUAUAUCUCCCCAUAUCUGAUGUUAAUCCUCCCGACCAGCUGCUUCAAAUGUGCUUGUGAAUAAAUUACGAGAAUUUGUAGAAAAACCGAGAAACCUGUUACUGUUUGAGUAUUCUCGUUACCUAUCUGCUGAAUGAGAUUUGGAUGUUUUAAGGAGAAGUUACAUGUUAAUCACUUCUGCGAGUUUUUUUUUCCUUCAGAAUGGUGAGAAUUAUCGCUGUGGUAACCCGCUAGCCAAAGACUAUAUUAGCAAGAUGGAGGAUGGUACACUGGUGUCUUCCUCAGGAGAUCACAGUGCUCACAAGACGCUCGUCAUUAACAAGAUGAUUUCCUCUUGGAGAAAUGCACAAAAAAGAGUCAGGUGCGGAUAGUUAUUUAGAGGUUGACAAAUAAUUGAAAAGAGGAUAGAUUUUGAGCAGUAAUGCGAGGUUUAAUGGAAAAUUUUAGGCGUAAAUGAAAGCCUUUAGAACAGGCGUUAUUUUUUUUCUUUUCUUUCCUUGCAUGUUUGGAAUUUUUCAGGCGAGCGGAAGCGAAAGCAAAAAUCACGCUGUCUUUAUUACUGAUGACAAGAUUUUCUCGCUUCUUUUUUUUUCGCUCCGUAGAUCACAGUUGGCUGUUUGGUUUGAUAGAACGGACUUACCCCCGGAAAUUACAGGGUAAAAAGUCAAUAUAUUGACAAUUUUCUCCAUCUUUUAAGUCCGGUAUAAAAUGUCGUGAAUUUGUUUCUACGGAUUGCAGAUCUGAAAAGUACAGUGCUGAUGAGAUGUACGGUGCCAUCUUGCCUCGAGUCAUCACAGCUGGGACAGUGACAAGGAGAGCCGUGGAACCAACUUGGAUGACGGCCACGAAUCCUAGGGUAAAAAUAGUGUUGCUGCAUUUGUAUAAGAGCGCUUUUCGAUUAAACAAACACCAAAAUAAGCAAAAGGCCAACGGAUCAAAAGCAUAUGUCGAAAGAUUACAAGGGGCCAAUCAAUGAAGAAUCAAACAAAACUAGGCGAACUGUUGAAAAUGGGGCAAAGCACUUGCAAGUCAGCUGCGAUUUGGUUGUAGUUUUGUGUAUUAGGGAGGCGGUGUGGCUGAGUGGUAAAAGUGCUGGAUUUGUAAUCUGGAGGUCCCGGGUUAAGUCCUCCAUCCAGCUACUCACUGGAUUUGUUCUCGGUUUUCCCAAGUUCAACUCCACGGCUGCGCUGUGUAGCCAACUCGUCUGCCUCCUGUCAGUUAAGAUUUUCAAGCACUUUACGUUUAUUUGAAAGAUUUGUUUCACUCUCCUUCAUAUUACAAAGCACUUAGAGGCUUGCAAUAAGCGCUAUAUAAAUUGUAAAUUUAAAUUUAAUUGUUUUUUUACAAGCUUUGGUAGUGGAGCUGCAAGUAUCUUGAAUAUUAUUUGCGGCUUUGUCUCUUCUAGGAGGAUCGUGUUGGUUCUGAACUGAAGGCUAUGGUACGGGCUCCUCCAGGCUACUGUUUAGUAGGGGCUGAUGUAGACAGUCAGGAGCUCUGGAUUGCUGCCAUUUUAGGGGAUGCGCAUUUUGCCGGGAUACAUGGUUAGUUUUUGCAGUUACAGGCAACAAAGUAACCUGGUUUCAGAUGCCUGUUCCUCCAGAGACUCGGAAAAGUGGGUAGCCGUACGCAUGUUACUCAUGUUUUAGUCUACGUUACAUCAGAGUAUCGUUACUUAAAAAAGGAACACUUGGGCAUUAAAUGACAUCUUUCUAAGAAAGCAGUUUUAAUCUGUGGCAGCCAUUUCUAACACGAGAUGUGUGUUAACUAUGGAACCGAGGUUUUUGGGGGUCUGGGACGGCUGGGAUGUUUGUAAACUUAAGAAAAAAACCUGGCCUCGUCACAGCCUACUAUAUAAAUGAUUUAAAAUGGCUGCCACAAACGAAUUGCAUUGAUGUUAAAAAUGUAUGUUCGAUUUUUAUGGCUUCAAUUGCAUCAGUGCACAGUGUACGACUCUGAAAUGAAUAAAGUGUGGGCCCUAAAUGAAUAAAGUGUGGGCCCUAAAUGAAUUAAGAGUGGGCCCUCUAAUUUCCAUGAGUGACCAACACAGACUUUCUCCUUACAAUAUCAAUACAAUAACAAGCAGAAAAGUGAUGUGGAUAAUGAAAAAUAUCAACUAGGGGAUUAUUUGUUGAUCCAACACCAAAUUCUCCGAGUAAACAUCAUAAGAAUUAUAUGGCUGACAUAAAGGAGAAUUACUUAUGUGAUCAGAAAGUGGAAGGGUUAAGAGAGAGAGAGAGUUGGGAAUGAAGCAAAUAAAUAUUGUUGCACAUAAACUUAACUUGUAUCCAGCAGACAUUUGCGGGAGUUCUGUUUGUGUCCGGCUAAUACAACUUUGUCUUUUUACUAUGCUUAUCGCGCAGGCAGCACGGCGUUUGGGUGGAUGACCCUUCAGGGUAAGAAAUCAGAAGGUACUGACCUCCAUAGUAAGACCGCAGAGACUAUUGGGAUAAGUCGGGACCACGCUAAGGUAAGAAUGCAGUCAUGUUUAACAUGACCUCAAAUAGUGACUAGCAUCUAAUUUUUCCUCACUAUAUCAUCCCGACAUCACAAAUUAAAGUGAGAGGACUGAAUAAAUUAUCACCAACUAAAGGAGCUCUACUAUGGAGAACAGUUUGGAGAAUAUACAUACUGAUGUUGGGGUGUAAAUUAAUUAAUCCGUCCAUCCAUCGAUCCAUUCGACGAUUCACAGAAUUUAUCAAUGGUACAUCUACGCAGUGGGUCUUCGCCCCCUGUCUCGAGGUCAUAUGGCAAUUUAAAAGGAUGGUAACUGCGAUGGGGGGUAAACUGAGAAUCCUCCCAGCAUAGACUAGAACAAGCAACAAAUCUUAUUCCAGUCUAACACCACUAGGUUUGGGAAUCGAACCCGCGUCACAUCGGUGAGAGGCGAGUGUUGCCGCAGUGUGACAUUUUAUCCUCUUAAGUGGCGAUGUAAACGAUCGGUUAGUUAAGUAGCCGGUCUGGAAGGGAUUUAGAUAUUAGCAUUUAUUUCGUCGGCGACUUUCCUUACUUUUCCAGCAGAUGCUUAGUUAUCUGAUUAAGAAUUAUUUUUAAAAAACAUAUGAAUUUGGUGAAUAGCUUUAAAAUUGAUUGAUUAUACUCCCUUUGCUUCGCGCGUUCGCGUUGAACAAUCGCUCGACGAAGAGCUAACGUUGGAAACGUCAACUUUACAAAAUCUUUACGGUUGAAAAUUUUCAUUAUCAACUCAGUCGAUAAAAGUAAUUCAUCUUGUAAUAGCCCCUAAUGAUACAGCACCACAGAUUAUUUAGAAACUUGCUCUCUUUAUUCAUAUGGCCUUUCCGUACACAUGGUUUGAAUUCAUGGAUUGUGUUGUUUCAACAACCAACCCACUUUUUGCAGAAGAAGGAUUGUCUGGUGAUUUGAAUUUGAUUGAUCUACUUUCUUCUUUUGAUCUAGGUCUUUAACUAUGGUCGUAUUUAUGGAGCAGGACAGAAAUACGCAGAGAAGCUGCUUCUACAGUUCAACCAUCGUCUGACGGAGAGUGAAGCCAAGCAAAAAGCUGAGACACUGUUUUCUAACACUAAGGGAGUAGCUAAGUAAGAAAGCACAAUAUAGUUUUUAGGAUUAGGGUAUCAUGACUGCUUGGUCAGAUGAUGGCCUAAGACUGAAUUUUCGUUCAGUAUUCACAAGGGUCGGUGGUUAAGAUAGCAUUUAUCGCUGAUCCGGUGGAAAAAUUCAAACUUGGGGGAUCAAUGUCAGUAUCCUAACAUCUGCGCACCUACCCCUCCCCUAACCCAAAAACAGUACUCUGAUAACAAGUUAGAGUUAAUUUUGGGUUAGGGGAGGGGUUGGUAUGCAGUUGCUCAGAUACUGACAUUUACCCAACUUGGGUUUGAUUUCUUGCGAGUAAAAGCAUCUACAAGAGCAUCGUCUUUUAGAGAUUAAAAUAGGGAAUGACUUAGAGGAUGAAGGUUAUUUAAAACAAAAUUCUCUGCUAUUUAACUCUUUCGUGGCUGAUGUUAAAGAAGAGUAACGACUUUUAUCUUGGUAAUCAAAGUGUAUUGCCUUUCUGUCUGCAAAUGCCGUUCAAUGAUAAAGACUUUGGUUCAGUUAUCACUAUUUUCAGACUGAUUUUUGUAAUUCGACUGUGACUUCUUUGUAUUCUGUAGGUUUCUUCUCACGGAUUUCGGGAAAGAUAUGGCGCAAAGAUUUGGCUUCGGCGAGGACGUUGAUGAAAAUGGUUGUGUUGUGGCCAAAGUUUAUUAUCAGCUGCUCAGGAAAACUGCACGAAGGCGACGGUGAGAUAUUUAACAUGCCUUGAAUUAGCUUUUAACCGCUAACCCCUAAGAAUGACUGGCAUCUAAUCUCUCCUUACAAUAUCACCCCUGAAUCGCACAUUAAGGUCAUGAGAAUAAAGGAAAUGAUCACCAACUAAAGAAGCCCUUGAUUGUUUAACGGAGUCUCCUUGUCAGUGCCAAAGGAAGCGUAUAGAGAACAGUAUGGAGAAUAUGCAUACUGAUGUUAGGGUGUAGAGAGUUAACUGUUGUGUAUUGUGGACGUCGAUUGAAGUAGGGUUUGUUUCACUUUUAGUACAACUGGAAAUAGCAUUGACGAUGGCCGAAGAUGGUGUGGAGGAAGGUAUGCUAUUAUCAUUAAGAAUCAAGUGUAUGAAUGCUUCUAUGACGAUCUUUUAUGAAGACAUUUUUUCAAGAACCGUCGUUGUCGAUUCUUCAGCUUUUCUUGCUUGUGUUCCAAGGGGAAGACAAGAAGGGAAACACUUACUUUUGACAGAAAGCUGGAUUGCCGUUGUCCUUUCAGAAGUUCUAGUAUUCUAUCGAGGGUUUCACUAAAAGCCGAAUACUGGCGUUCUACCUCUGACUUCUUACAGCCGUCUGGUGUGUGGGUUUCGUCCUAAGGCUUUUUUCCAGUUGGGCAGAGCCGCUAACAACACCAUCGGCAGCUGCUUAUAGUAAAAGUUAUGGAAACCCUCUGAUUUUAUGACUUGGCGCUUUAUAACUGAGUAGAUUAGGACCAAAACCAAGCUUAAUUAGGGUAAAUUGAUCAUGUAAUUAUAUCCAACACACUUGGUGAUAUUUGUAUCCUGUUGUAUAGAGGAUACGCGGUAGCCUGGCAUUGGGUUCAUGCGCGUAGGAAAAUGAGACAAGAGUAGCAAAAUUUUUAGUUGCAGAAACCGAGAUAAGCCUAUGCAGGGUCAGCCUUUCAGUUCGAGUUCAAAGGUUGGUUUCGUGUCCUUUAAGCAGCAAAAUGUUUGCUUCAUACAGCGGCCAUUAAGUUAUUUGAUAGGGAUUCUGGUGUGUCCAGUAUCUGUUAGGAGUGAUUAGCAUUAGUGCAGAACGUUCUCAUGACUUGAAGUGCGAUCAUGAGCCCAAUUACCAACUCAUCAUAGUACUGCUCGUUUAUAGCUCACGUUGUUUCGUUGUUUGUAGCGAGUCCGAGAUGUUUAAUAUGCUGGAAAGCAUUGCGCAAUCGGUGGAGCCCAGGACUCCUGUGCUGGACUGCAGGAUCAGCAAAUCACUGGAGCCUUCUGCUGUUGGCACAGAGGUAGAGUAUUGUAACAUGGAAAGACACCCUUAUUCACUUAACGCAGGGAUCAGCGCCGACGCACCGAGAAACUUUUUUCCUCAACAAAUAGAUGCAGCGCUUCGAUGAGGGUGACGAUUAUAAAGUUUACAAUUUAACGACACAAGGCUAUGGGCGUUCAACUUCACUUUUUUCCACAACAUUGUAGUUUAGAAUGCAAGCUAUGCGACGGAAACAUAGGUGACAGACCAAAGAUUGGUUCUUGAAAAGGACAAAUUGAAAGAUAUCAGGCAGUCCAGUUUAACAUCUUUAUAGUCAAACAAACAUUUUACGAAGAGGAUCUCUUGCAGAUAUGUCAUUUUAUACAACUAUUUUGAAGAGAUCUCUAUGUCAUUUUAUACAGUUGUUUCUCUGCUUGCCUUUAUUAGUUCAUGACCAGUCGUGUUAACUGGGUUGUUCAAAGUUCAGCCGUAGACUAUCUACACCUUAUGCUAGUUUGCAUGAAGUGGCUCUUCACAAAGUACAAUAUUGAUGGGAGAUUUUGUAUCAGCAUACAUGACGAGGUAGGCGAAUUAUUUUGGCAUCUUUUCGACUUACGAUUCAGCGUGUUUUAACGUGCGUUUCAAAACCGCACAUGUUAACCACAAUCUUGAAAAAGACAAUUUUUGUUAAGAUUUGGAGGUUGCUGUUUCCCCUUCCAAGUUAAAUUACUCCCUUCCGACUCAUUAUAUUUUAAAUUAUAAUUUAAAGACUGAAAUCGCAAUUUUAAUGGUAGUUUGGACAUCAAGUCCUAAUUUGCUCAGGCUUUCAGGAUUUUACUUCAACGUUACUCACUGGGAUAUAGUUGAGACUGAGUAGAUAUUUGUUUUGAACUUCAACGCCUGUCACGGCCCGUCCUUUUAUUUUCGGUACAAAAGAGAAGUUGUGUUCAAAACAGAAAGACACUUAUCGUUUCCCUCGUUCUAUUGGCAGUCAGUUGAAAAUUAGUUUUCAAUCCUGAUUCUGUAUCUGUUUUUGUUACGUGAUAAUAUCGUGGUCAAAUCUCAACAGGUUCGUUAUCUGGUGUCAAGCAAAGACAAGUACCGCGCAGCCCUGGCACUACAAAUCACGAAUCUUCUGACCAGAGCGAUGUUCGCUCAUAAACUGGGAAUGAACGACUUACCACAGGUAUCCCAUACACAAAGAUUGUAUCUUAAGGAAGCUUACUAGUGUUCUUUUGCCUGUUUUUUUUUUUUUUUUUUUUGGUUUGUUUGUGUUUAUUGUUUUAGCAAACGAUACUAUAAGUAAAUUGGAAAAAAAAACGUAGUAUAAUAGAUGACAUCGGGGAACUAAUCUUCACGGCACAACAUUUAAAUGUAUCUGCUCCUGUGAAAGACAAUAAUGAUAUCCUCAUUUUGCGAAGUUAAGGUAUCAUAUCUUGGAAACUGGAAAUAAAUACCAGUAUUUCAUCGAUAUCUGUUUUACCAGAUAGGGCUAUUGCGUUGAUUUGUGGGCAUGAAAAACGGGAUCAACUUUGGCAUAAGUCCUUUUCACGGAACAACUGCGUUUAAAGUCACUACAGGAAAAGAGGUCUGAAACAAAUUUAAGCCUCGAUAAAAAUUGACCACGAGCCCCUCAGACACUACUUGAGCGCUGGUGCCUACUGAGCUACGAAACUUUAUGUUAGGAGGUGUUGGGGCGAAUUGUAGUAUUUCUGGUAUUACUGGCAUCACUGCUGUUUCUUGCAUCAAACUUGCGUCUCAGCUUCUCUCGCAAGGGCUUUAGGGGUUUUGAAAUCUUAUGACGUCUUUGUGUGGAAUGUCGAGAAUGAUCUCGAACUUAAAAUUAUAUUUCUCGCACGUGCGGGAACGAAAGUUACAAUUGCUAUCAAAGCCCUCACCCCUCCCUCCAGUCCUUGAAGUUGACGUUAAUGCUUCGCUAGAUGACGUAUUUCCUUUCCUGGGCUGGUUUUAGUUUUAUUGUCCUUUUUUAGUGAGAUUUUCAUGCAAUAAACCUUGAUAACGUGUACGUGUCUAUGCGUCUUUUACAGUCUGUGGCGUUCUUCAGUGCUGUUGAUAUUGACACUGUGCUGCGAAAGGAAGUUUCCCUUGACUGCAAAACUCCAUCCAACCCGCUUGGACUUCAUAAGGGGCAAGGAAUACCGCCAGGUUUGUGAAGAAUAUUCUAAAAUUUCUUAAAUACUUACUAAAAAAGCCUUUUUCAGGCAAUGUACUGAAAUAAGGUUUUAUUACUUGUCUAGUCUCUUAAAGACCCUUUAUUAGGAAAUCAAAGAAAAUAUUUUUCUCCAAAAACCAUGAAAUGUUUUUGUCCCAGUUCCCUUCGCGCAGUUUUCUGAUACAGACUCCUGGUUCCGGUUGUACAAAGUUCCACUAUGAAAAGUUUUGCGCAAUAUAGAAAUUUUCACCGCAACGAUUGGAGGCAGUUAACCGGCUGAGUAUGGGUCGUCUGCUAGUGAAGAGCGAAAGGGAACUAAAUAGUCCGGCUGAAAGAGCGACGUGUACGCCAAUUAAACAAUGCCUUGCAAAAUUUGAUUCUUUAAAUUUGUAUUUAUGAAUAUAUAGACAAAUUUUAACCAAAGUACGAUGAGGAAAAAGUCAACUUCCGGAUAAGUUAACACAAUUUUUAAACCGAUGUUGCUCUGUUCGUUAUAAUCUAUCGUUAAACGUCCCUCUAACUACUUUCAAGCGUUCUCAAUUGCGAACAAGACGUGCGAAGAGAACAUUUGUCAGCAAAUAUUUGGAAUUAUCUAAAUGCCAUGUCUGCUGCCGAAGAAAAGUGCUGAUACACUUUUGUUUCAUUUUAUAAUGAAAAUACUAAUACAAACUCAGCAAGACUUCUAGUUUCUUUUGUUAAAUUUAUUUGCUUAGAAUAUGAAUUUUCAUAGUGAUUAUUGUGCUAUCUGAUUAACUAUGUACUAAAAGGGAAAUAAAUAUGGGAUUGAAUUGAUCACAUACAUACAUACAUAGUUUAUUUAGUGACGCAGGUCCGUAGUGGCAACUUUUACAGCUGAUGUGGACCUACCUAGGAAAUACUAAAAUCUACUAUUUUAAAACUUACAGAGCAUUAACAAUACUAUUUACAAUAACAUGAAGAAACCUAUUUACAAUAAAGGUAAAUAACCAACUAAUUAUAGAUCGAUUCAAAAUUUUAAGGGGUGUUAAUAUUUACAUUUAAUAAUACAAAAAGUUAAUGUCCUUAUUAAGAAUUGUUGAGGUCCCUUUGUUAAAAGUGAUUUUGCCGAGGCAAGUUUUGUUACGGUUCAGUGCUGCUUUCAAAGCAUCUUGCUUUUCUAAGUUCCUUGUCGUUCUGUCCAGUGAAUUCCAUACCACAGUCCCUCUGUAUGAGAAGCUAUUUCUUCCAAGCCCUAUUUUCUUCCGUUUUCUUUUCUUUCUUCACUUAGCAGAACAGUUGCGUUCGUUAGAAAAUUAAAACGACCUUUAGGGUGAGCACAAUGAUCUGAAAACAUACACAAAUGGAUUACUAUUACGUUAGAGGUGCACCCCACGGGGACCCCCGAAGGAGAAUUGAUGUCACUGGCACCCAGUCCUUCCUGCUGUGAGUCAUGCGCUGACGUGCUUCAGGUCACACUUAAACUAAACAUGAUAUGGAUAUAUUAUCAGUGUUUAUCCAGGCCUCGCAUCAGUCACGCACAAUAUAGUAGAAAGGAUCUGGUUUGGAUUUGAUGUGGUCGACUUGCAUUAGCACUCUUGGUCGAAGUAAUGCGUCGAAAAAUUCAAUGUCAGCUACAAAUGCUAUCGUUUGUUGUGAGGUUUUUUACCAACGUACUUAUUCCUUCUCGCAAUAGCAACAUAAUGAUCUCUUUUGGCGCGAAACAUGAGUCUCGCCUAGGCGGGUCACCUCACCUAUCAUGUAAACGUGAUCAAGAUGAAAUAAGAGAUUAUAUGAACAGGCGGGUAACCUCACUUACUUGGGGUCCCCACCUCCGUGUAAACAUGUCUUAAGAUAUUAGGCUGAUAUUUUGGGAAAAUUUCAGAUUCGUAUCACUCCUGACUUUCCGUGUAAAUCAGCUACUUAACAUUGCAGUUCAGGUAUUUUUUAGUUCUCGAAAGGUGGAAGUGGUAAAAUUACACUUACAUGCGAUUAUAGAAUCAAAGGAUUCAUUUAAGGAAGCCUUAGCCGCGUUUCGAACGUUUUCAUCAAAAAGGAAAAGUCCGAGGUGUACGCCGAGGGACUACAGCUUGUUUAUCAUCUGAUUUAUUCAGCAGAUUACAAAAAAUAGCAUGGAUCAAUAAUCCUUUAUGGAUGCAUACCAUAAUAAGAAUUGAACUUCAUCAACAAUCGUUAUUGCUAAUCCAGAAAUGACUCAAUUUAUUACUAGUCAGUAAUAACUGGAGGUCUGUCUCUAGCAGCACUGGCGAUAAACUUCAUUAACAGCGUGACGUGCCUACGAUAGCGAGCAGUUUAGCAUUGUUUGUGCUUAGAAUAACUUGAAACUACACAGCGCUGCUGUAACAAUAAACAUCAUGUUGAUAGAAGCCGAGAAGGCGUUGUUGCACAGAUCACUGGAACAGCAGGAUACUGAACAUUUCUUGACUUUGGAUUCUUCCGUCUUGCCUGCGUUGUCACACUUAGCCUUGGUCUGCUCGCAUUCGGCUUUGGACACGCAUGCUUUCCGUUCAGACUUCCUGCCAUCUUCGUCUUCUACAGAAGUUUUUAAACAAAAGUCCGAGACCACACCAGGAAUAUUGCUGCAGUUCAUUUUCUUUUGGUCUUUUUCGCAUUGUUCAACGCUGUAAGAUUCAUCGGUUGAAGGACACACGUAGCACUGCAGUGAAUGAGCUGCAGUUAAAAAUGAUCACUAUACAUUAGACUUACCAAGAAAAAAUCUGACUGUUCGCGAGCACUCAAUCAAUAUACGCUAGCUUGUGAAGUUGACAUAACUUGACAUGAUAACCCAAUAUCUGCAGCGGACAUUGCAGUUAUCACGUCAAGUCUGCCUAGUUUCCAAGCCCUGAGCUGAAGGAUUAAGCCGUAAAAUCUUGACGGUUUUUAAUUUUUGAUCGUCCUCGAUCCAAAAAAAUAAGGUCUCUCAGAAAAAGAGAAGCAGAUUCAUUAAAAGGAAUUACUAGCCAAAUGAAAAGCUUCGCGUGCAAAUACGUGUUCGUCGCAUUUGCAAAUAAUUCAUUUACAAAUGAUGAAUUGUGUACCUUCCAUUUAAGCAGCUCGAAAAUUGGGAGAAUUUGAAAACAAUAGAAAAAUCAUAAACACAAGCUCCCACCAGUAAUUUCAUGGCCUCCUAAGUCAUCUCAAACCGUAAAAUUGUUUUCUCGCAAAUCACGAAAAAAGAAAAAAAAACGGACAAAUAAAUCUACCACAUAAUUUUCCAGUUGCAAGAUUUUUGAUGAUAUUCGAUUUAUUUCAAAAGAAAAAAGCCUGAAAGUUAUGCCUCAUUAGCUACGUAAAAGAUAGACAACUGUAGAGCGAGGAUAUCGUGAAUUGGUAGGAUUUAGUUAAUGGUGGGGCCGCGAAUGAAGAUGAUACUGAAAUUGUUGUCACCAACAUGAUAAGUUUAUCACCCGGAAUUCAACCCCGAUGUUUCGUAUGUUACAACUGGGUGCAUCUAAAGAAGAGUCUAUUACACGAAACCUUGAACUGAUUAACUUACCCGCACAGAAGAAUGCACAAAAUACAGCAAUGCUUUUGGCGAGAUUCUUCAUGGUCGAAAUUCAGUUUCAGGUUGUUUUUGAGUAGAAAGAGAUCUUGGGGCGUAGUUCAACAGUUUUCCACAGUGGGAACUGAAGCACUUCUAAAAAGACAGCAGUUCUUUUUAACGGCUUUGCGUAAGAUGAGCUAACCAAUCCGCAUCCAGAUGAACCUAUCAAUAAUUUUUUCGUCCUGUCAGUCAAUUUACGCGCAGCUUAUGCGAGUAGCCACAAACAGGCCGCUAAGUUAAAAAAUAUUCAAAACUAAGCGAUUUAUGAAGUGUUUUAAGUGCUUUGUUCUACAUCUAGAGGACGAACACAGUAAACAAGCAAAAUGAUCACUUUUAACAGCACAUUUUAAUUCUUUAAACACUGCAGAGCAGAUGUACUUUUGAAGAACCGUACUUUUGGAGUCGUCCUUUAAAAGUUUUUCGAUUGCUUCUUUCGAUGUACUAGAGAAGCGCUUUUCUUCAGCCUUAGGUCUCUCCAUUGUGUUUUCAUGGGCUAACGGGGGGUUGGCGUCAAAUUGUCUGAUAUUUUCGAUUAGCUCAGAGAAGGGAACUUAAAAAACUAUCACACCAUCGGCCUCAGCCGCGUUCUGAUCAUGUGCAAAACCUGAAGAUUGAUCGCGUUCAAUAAAUGUAUCGUUCGGCGUAUAUUUUGAUUUAAGCAGGGCCACGUGUUUACUAAUCAGCCAAUCACAUAGUCUUUAGAGGAAGGGAAACCGCGGGUAUAGAACAGUUAAAGGGAGAACGUCACGGCCUGGCAUGCGCAGUGAAACACAUCAAUUCUGAGAAUUUUGUGAAUCGAUUGCCAUCUUGGAUUCGAAAUUCAUUUAAUGAUACGGCUUUGAAAGCAUCAAAACCAGGGGAUUAAAUAACCCAAUUUAUUGAACGACCAAGUUUCUUCUCGCUAUAUUUUGAAUUAACGAACCUCUAUUUACGUCUAAUUUUGAGUUAUGGACGCUGACGUUGAAGAGAUUCUAUACAGUUAAAUUUCACUUAUCUUACACAGCUGUUUUGGAGCAGGUUUAUAUCUAGGAGGCGCUCUUCACAAGGUUUUUAUUUUUGCUCUUAACAAAGGUACGCAGCGACAAUUUUAUCUUACACAACUGUUUUGGAGCAGGUUAAUAUCUAGGAAGCACUCUUUACAAGGUUUUUUUUUCGCUUUUAACAAAGGCACGCAGCGUUAAUUUUAUCUUACACAGCUGUUUUGGAGUAGGUUAAUAUUUAGGAAGUGCUCUUUACGAGAUUUUUAAUUUUUUUUCUUUUAAAAAAGGCACGCAGCGAUAAUUUUAUCUUAUACAGCUGUUUUGGAGUACGUUGAUAUCAAUGAAGUAGUCUUUACAAUUUUUUUUUUCGCUUUUAACGGAGGCUUGUUGGAUAUUUGAAUUUCCGAUAUCCAUACUCGCCUUCGCCGCCUCUAGGGCAGUGACGGUAAUAGCCGAGGAUAACACUCAUGAACAAAGCUCUAAACGUAUUCUCGCUCAGCAAAUUAUUUAAGAUCUGGGAGGACAAAAACACGCUAUAUGUUCUGAUUUAAGAAAAUAUUGUGGUUUUGAAAAGAAUUAUCCACGGAUGGCAAAGAUAGAGAAUGAUAGAACUCGGCAACUCGACCUAAAGACGAAAUUUUGAAAAAGUUUGCCAACUUUUUCAAAAUAUUCGACAUACCACAGCGCAUGCGUCACCUUGACACUGUUCCUUUAAAAAAUGAAAGUUUUAAAAGAAGCGAAAAUGAUAACUGAGGAAAAGCUACAAAGGAAGCAUAAUCCAGAAAGUGUGUGGACUCUUGAUUUUCUCGAUGUUAAAUUAUUUAUUAUUAGAAUUAUUUUAUUUCCCUCACAGGAGAAGCGUUGGACAUCUAUGACAUCCUGAAGCUCACUGAUAACGGCAUCCUUGAAGAAAAUACAGAAACAAAGAAGGGCAAAAACCCUCAGAAAGAAUCAAUUUUACAAUCCUCAAACUAAAGAGAUUUGUGUAAUCACGGAAAACUUUUUUGAUGAUUUAAGG